AAAGUUUCAAAAGUUACUAGUCCUUUGGUCUAGUAGCACUAUAUUGUUAGUUUCUAAACCUGAUAAUCUGCUAUCAUUAUUAUUAGUAAAUUAAUAUAGGUGAAGUUAAAUGCAUAUAUAACAAUGUAUUAGAAUGUUUAUUUGUGUAAUCGAUGUUACAUUUGGCGCUAGUCAAGAAGAUUGAUAGUAAUUGUUAAAGUAAACGGUGGCUGCCAUUUUGACCUAGAUGUUUAAACCAGAGCACUCUGGACCUCGCCCCCAAACCUUGCACUGUAAUCAGACAGCUGUAACAAGACUAAUUCAUAUUGUAAUUACUUUGUUUUUUGUGUUUCAGUAAAAUCUGGUUGCAUCAGGAAAAAGAGCCUGCAGUCAUUCAUUGUACCCUUUCGACACCCAAUAGCAGAACUGUAAUACUAACAUAUUCUCCAUUUAAAAUAUCAGUAGAAAACUUGAUUUUAAACAUGAAGAGAAACAAGAGAAUGGUAACUAAAGAAAUAAGAAAAUGAGGACUGCCGAUUCUGAAAGAACAGGGUCUCUGAGCUUUAACUCCACUAAGAUGGAUAUUCCAGUAGUUAAUUUUAAUGCUUAUAAAUUGGGUAAAGAUCAGAUUCCGGAUAAAAACCUGAGUGUUAUGAUUGAAAAGAUCAAACAAGCAUUUAGUGGCACUGGAUUUGUCUACCUGGAAAAUACUGGCAUUGAACAACAUGAGGUUAACAGAGUCAUGGAUGUCUCCAAAAAAUUCUUCCUUUUGCCAGAAGACACAAAGAAGCUGUGCGCCAGGAACAGUGAUCAUGAGAAUUUUAAUGAUGGUUGGGUGUCACUAGAGAUUGAAAGAUUAAAUCCUUUACGUCCUAGAGAUCUUAAAGAGGCCUUUAAUAUUUCACACCUGGACAGUGUACUAAAGUGGCCCUCUGAUGCUUCCAUUCCUGAGUUUCGGGAGGUCAUGGAGUCGUUCUUCAAAAGAUGUAAAGCGCUCGCACUGAGGGUUCUAGAAGUGACUGCUUUGAGCCUGGGUCUGGAGAGAGACUUCUUUGUUUCAAAACACAGACUGAUUGGCAGUAAUAAAAAUUGCACCACCCUCAGAACUCUGUAUUACCCACCGUUGCAUAAAUUCACCGUGAAGCCAAAUCAAGUCCGAUGUGGAGAGCAUAGUGAUUAUGGGAGCGUGACCUUGCUGUUUCAAGAUGAGGCUGGAGGUUUAGAGGUAAUGAACAGAUCAGGGCAGUACAUUUCUGCCCCUUGCAUUCCUGGCACUGUUCUUGUAAACAUAGCGGACUUGAUGCAGAGGUGGACCUCUGAUGUGCUGGUGUCAACGUUACACAGAGUUUUACUGCCUCCUGAUAGCAAGAUGAACACCUCAAGACAGUCUGUGGCUUUCUUUGUUCAUCCUGAUAAUGAUGAAAUCAUUUCUUGCUGUGAUGGAUCAAACAAAUACCCUCCUGUCAGUGCACUUCAGUAUACCAAGGACCGGGCAUACAUCUCUUACAAAGAUGCAAAGGACAAAAAUCUGGCAGUGUAAACCUAGUGAAUAAACAUAUCUACAUGCUAACUUGAUUUUUGUCUCUUGGUUUUAAAUAAUGUUUAAUUCAUGGAUUAUUGUUGACUUACUUGUCUACUUGAGUACAGGAGAUGAAAAUAAAGGAAAAUGACAAAAAAAA